UUUCGCGUCGUUUUGCGCGCAGAGCUUGCAAAGCGCCGCUUCUCGACCAUGAAUAACAAUCGAGAGGAGCGGCUGCAAAUGCGGCAGCGCGGAGCAGCGACCCGCAAGAUCAAGGAAGUCAACUUUGGUUUCUCGUUUGGUCUGGCUCCGCCCGAGGAAGCCUCCCAACCCGCGUCGCAAUCCGAGCCGCCGAACGCACCCCCCGCCCCCUCGGCUCCCUUACAACCAGAGAGCUCCCAACCGCCUCUGCCAUCGGAGCAGCAGAAGACCCCGCCGCCUGCAAGCCAGUCAAGUCAGUCUUCUUCUCGGCGGACCCCCGGAAGUGCGCGUAAUGCCUUGCCCGAACGCCCGUCGACCUUCGAUAUCCCCGCGGAUGAGGCGCCCAACCUAGGUCGCAGUAGUAAAAGACGGAAAAUUGAAUCUCCCCCCACGAGUCGACGCAUAUCCCCUCGUCGAGAUGGCACGCGACAAGGACAACAGAGCUCCUCGCCCCGUCAGAAUGGCACCCGAAGCAGCCCGUCAGCUCAACCCCCUACCGAGUCAAUGGAAGUCCCUACCAUCACGAAUUCUACGGAACUUGAACAACAACCGUCCGAGACAGCUGCUACAUCUACUAUCGCGAACGAUGCCCAGGCCCCUCAAGACGCACCCGAACCAGCACCCCAGCCAGCUUCCGAAGUUGCCCCUGAGCCUGUACCAGAAAUUGCGCCAGAACUUGCACCAGAACCUGCGCCCGAGGCCGCACCCGAGCAACCGCCUCAAGAAACUCCGAAUGAAAUUGACGUAGCUACGACUGAACCGGAAAACCAGGUUGAACCGAAAUCGCCCCCGGCCCAACAAGAAGCGCCCCAGCCGAAUGGCACGUCGUCGCCUGCCGAUUCCACAAGAAGUAAGCGCAAACGGAGAGCCAGCGCAGACGACCGUUCACCGAAGAGCGCAAGUCCAGUGGCUAAAGAUGCUCUGCAAGCAGUGCUACCUUCACAGCCCGAGGAAUCCAGAGAUAGCCCGGAUGGAAAGCGCCAAACACGAGGAACCUCGGCCGGUGGUCGCUCCAGCGCAAGUCCAAAAGCCACCGACCAGGGCGUUCCGCCCGCAGAAUCCCCACAGCCAAAGCAGUCUGUGGAAGCAACAGAAUCACGGAAAACACGUGGCGCCAGCGCCAGCACGCGCUCAUCAAAGAGCGCAAGUCCGAAACCUGUUGGCGAAAAUACUCAACCACCGCAAGAUAUAGUACCGGAGGAACCUCAAAAUGACCCUACAGCUACACGGACAAGAGGAGCCAGUGCCGGUGAGCGUUUGUCAAAGAGCGCAAGUCCAAGACCCGUCAGCGAGAAUGUUCAACAAUCACCACAAGCUCCAGCAUUGGAUCAACCCUUGGAGGAUUCUACAGACAAAGGGAAAACACGAGGGGCUAGCGCAAAGGCACGUUCUGCUCAGAGUGGCAGUCUAGAAGUCGGUAGCGAGGCAUCUCAGCAGGCCAAGCAAGAUUCACAAAAGAAAGAGCCGAAGAAAGCCAUCAGAGGCAAGCGUAAAAGGCGAGGUUCUAGCGCGAGUGGACGCUCUCCACCGCAGAGCGUCACGGCUUCAGAAACGGCUGAGGUUGAGCAUCCGCUAUCAGAAGAACCUCAAGAUACUCCCACGGAGAUAGAGCCAUCAGAGCCCUCGCAGCCUCAGCCAGCGAAACGACAACGAGGCCGACCCCAAAGGUCCGCCCAGAAAUCGCCGGUCCCAGAAGAGGUCACGGCAGAGAAGGCGGCCGGCUCCCCCGGGAACAAACCAGAGGAGCCAUCACCUCCGCGUCGAGGACCCCGAGGCCUCCGUAACCGAAACGCGAAGAAACCCACGCCGGAGGCCGCAGCUGCGGAAGAACCAGCUGCUCAGCCAGCGCAGGUGGAAGGCGCUCGCGAGACAGAUGCUACAAGUCAUGACGAAGGCCGCCCUUCACGGCAGGGAUUGAGGGUGGCAGACAAGAAAUCGAAUCGCGCAGGACGCGGAGAAGAGCAGGCCCAAUCAGAGAUGUCUGAAGAGAUGCCCCGACCGGGUCGCAAGGGCAAGAAAGCACGAAAGGCGCAAGAACAGGAGCAGACUCAAGAAAAGGAGCAUGAGCCGGAGCCGGAGCCUGAGCUUGAACCGGAGCGUGCACCCGAACGCCAGCCAGAGGUUGAGCCCGAACUCGAGGCGCAGCCUGAACCUGAAGCUCAACCCGAACCAUCGACUCGCAAGCGUGGUCGUGACAAGUCGUCCAAAUCAAAGAAGGAUAACAAGGCCUCACAGCCGGAAGAGCGAGCAACGCAAGAAAACGCCGAAGAAGCAACCGCCUCCCGACCCAAGCGAAAACCGCGCCAACCUCGCGGCGAAACCGUUCCAGUGACCGUGCACCGUCUGGCAAACGUCGUUUCUCUCGGGGGUGCCGGUGCCUCUGCCGACGAAGAGGAGGACGACGAAAACGACCAAGAAUCCACCGAAGAUCUUUUUAACCGACUGAAGGCCAAACUCCCCAACCGAGGCGGCGUCAACGUCGCCGACGUCCUCAGCCAGAUCUGUCGCGAAACACUGGAAAAGACCCUGACGACGCUCGACAAUGGCAUCGCCAACGAGGGCAACGCCGCGCGCCGGUCGGAAUUCACACGCAAGAAGAAAGCCGUCGAGGCGUACGGCACCGAACUCGAGGGCCGGCUCUUCGAGCUCAGCGAGAUGCUCGACAGCAACUUUGUUCUGGGGGUGAAUCUGAGAAAGGCCAAGCGCGAGAUGCUCGACCAGCGCACUCGACUGUUCCAGAUCCGCAAGGAACGGGAGGCAGUCGCUGUGCGCAUGGACGCCGUGCGCAAGAAGCAUUCGGAAGAAGAGAAUGCCAGAACUACCCGCUCAACAAUCAACCACUCCCUUCAUAACAUCGACCUCGCUGUCGAACGAAGCAAAGCCCCUCAGGAAAACCUACCAUCUCCUUCCUCCCCAUCUGUCGGUCUCGAAUUCCUCCUCCGCAACGUCGCCGAGAACGCCAGCUCCCGAGCCUCUGGCGCCCAGGGCGGUCUGUUAUCGCAGAUCCGGGCCUUCAAUGCGCAGCUGGAAUCGGCUGCGCGGAGAUUAGAGAGUUAAUUUCAGCUUCUCUCUACUUGUCACUUUACUCUCGUUUAUUAGCUUCUCUUCCCUUCUCUUUCUGGUUGUUUGUGUUGCGCUAUACUGUGAGUUGUUUCCUUGAUAUGGAUUUGCACGAUUCGUUGAGAAUUCAUUUCGAAGCUUUGUUUUCUAUUACUCGUUGAAAUACCCCUCGACUAUACUCUAGUUUACCAUCUACCUGUCCUGACUUGAUGUCUGAGUUUAGAUGAUUAGAUGGACGGAUGAAUGGAUGGAUGGCGUUUCUUGCUGGACGGAGCAUUAGCAUUAGCAUUAUUAUCAUCGU